CAGACCACAAGCAAAGCAGCCAUUUUGUUCGAAGUUUGAAGGCAAGGGAGAUUAGCGGACGCCUUUCACAUUAUUUGUUUCCGCACAAAUUUGAGGUGUAAUUACGCUGUUUAUAAUAUUUAAUCAACGACAGUCGUCAACUGGGUCAAACUUGUUCUUAGACUGGUAAACGUAUCCGAUAUUUUGAUAUCAUGCACGCGAGAUUCUGCUAAACAUUCAUUUCGUGAACGUGUGCGUUAUUUGUUUAGCCUGCUCGAAGGCCCAUUCAGUACCUACAGCCACCAACUACUGUAUCGCGUUUUGAGAACCGACGUCUGUCCCAUGAACCCACAAGAUAUACUUUUUGUCUUUCGUCAUUUUUUAUUAGGCUGGUUGGAUUAGAAAAAUCUUGGAAUAUCACGUUGUCACCUGGCUUGCAAUAAUCGACAACACCGCGUGCGCCAUAGUAGUAGCUUUGUGAACGCGAAUUAGCCAUUAGCCUGAUAGCGUUGCCUCUUGAUAUAACUUUGAAGCUAUGGCAGAGUUGUACAUUCGCGUUGCCGAGGAUGAAAACGAAGAGCCAAUGGAGAUCCCUUCUGAGGAUGAUGGCACUGUUUUGCUAUCAACAGUAGCAGCCCAGUUUCCUGGAGCAUGUGGCCUACGUUACAGAAACCCAGUGUCUCAGUGCAUGCGAGGCGUCCGUCUAGUUGAGGGUAUCUUGCAUGCACCAGAGAAUGACUGGGGUAGUCUGGUAUACGUCGUUAACUACCCAAAAGAUAACAAAAGGAAGAUGGAUGAAAUGGAUGCUGCCUCUGCUGUGAAAAUGAAAAGAGGUAUCGAGAAAACAUCAGACCUCAUUAUCCUUGGAUUGCCUUGGAAAACGUCUGAGCAAGAUUUGAAAGACUACUUUGCAACUUUUGGUGAAGUUAUCAUGGUUCAGGUCAAAAGAGAUGUGAAGACUGGGAACUCAAAGGGCUUCGGCUUUGUUCGCUUCACUGAGUAUGAGACUCAGUCCAAAGUGAUUUCUCAACGACACAUGAUCGACGGAAGAUGGUGUGACUGCAAACUACCCAACUCUAAGGCAGGUCCCGAUGAACCCAUGCGCAGCCGUAAAAUAUUUGUUGGUCGCUGCACAGAGGACAUAACCACAGAUGAGCUCCGGCAGUUUUUUAUGCAGUACGGCGAGGUCACUGACGUCUUCAUUCCCAAACCUUUCCGGGCAUUUGCCUUUGUCACUUUUGCCGACGAUCAGGUUGCCUCAGCCCUGUGCGGAGAGGACCUGAUCAUAAAGGGCGUCAGCGUGCACAUCUCCAAUGCAGAGCCUAAGCACAAUAAUAGUAGGCAAAUGAUGGAUCGUGGGGCUGUUAACCAAUUCUUUUCGAAUUUCCCGGGAAGAAGCCCCUCGUUGGCAGCAAUGUUCGACCGAACUCAGUAUCAGUACCCCUCUUCCCAUGUGUAAAUGCUUUGCCAUCAAAAGACACAGCUUCACUCUGCAUAUACUGUGUUAGACGGUGGGUGUUGCCUUUUUUCUCCCCUUUUCAUGGAUAUAAUAACCUUGUCUGCUUUAUAUCGCUUCUGAGAACAAUGCGAUUGGUGGUGGCCAAAGAGUGAGCGACUGAGUGAGCGAACGGGAAAGAACGCAAGUGUGGAAAGGACUGUUUGUGCGAUGCAAAAAAAUCUGGCCAGAUGUCUGCGAGAGUUGAGAAGAACCUGUGGCUUUAUGCGAGUGUGAAAGGAAGAAGCAAGUACGAGUGUGUCCCAUGACCAUCAAAAUGACAUUUGUCGCAUUCAUCCCUAAGGCCUCUCUCCUCUAAUAUUUCUAUGAAGUUUAUAAAUCUUAAACACAGUGGAAUGUUUAGCGGUAUGAAUAUGUAUCCUUUCUUGUAUCCUUUCUUGCUGUCUGAUUUGAUGUGAAUGCUGUAUGGUGCGUGCUUUAUUUUUUCCUUGUUCCUACCCCUUUCCGUGUGAAAAUGUGACCUGUUGUUGGUGAUUGUCUGUGUUGGGAGCACUAGGGAAGCUUGGAGGUGUAUAUGAUGUGAAUUCAUUGUGGCCAUAGUUGAGAACAUUAGAAGCUGAUUUAAACCCUUCUGAGGCUUAAAAAGCACAUCAGUUUAUUAAAAUAUCUGGAAAUUAUCAACGUGGUCCAACGUGUUUGUGAACAAAAGCUAAAGAUGUGGCCUUUUUUCCUUGAAAGUUCAUAGAACAGAGGUCAUAAUUCAGUUCAAAUUAAACAUUCAUUUAGCUCCCAGUGGUAAAAAAAAAAACCUAGUCAAGAAUGCAUUUGCAGUAUUGGCACAACAUUUGUUACAGUCCCAAUCAAAAAAAUCUCUCUGGCCAAUAUUCACCUAUCUGAUGAUGUGAUGGGGCCAGCUGCAGUGGAGCAUUGCAUCACAUGAUAGUAAAUCAACAAAUUGAGUUGGGUAAACUGCAUUUGAACCAGAGAAAUUGUUUAACCUUGAUGAUUUAGUUUUUUUAAUGUUCAAGUAUGGCCACAGUGAUGGAGUAAGAGGAUGUCGGAGUAAGAGAAUGAAGUGGAGAGCAUUUAAGUCCCUAUUGAUUUUUUUUUUUUUUAAUGCAUUUUAUGUUUUGUGAAUCAAAGGGAAUUCUUGAAUAAAACAAAAUUUGAAUAGGUAUGUUGCCUACCUGA